AUGUAUCCACUUCUCAACCAAGAAAAAACCUGUCAAGUAUGCAAGAAAUCAUUUUCAAACGGGAAAGCUCUAGGUGGUCACAUGAAGUCUCACACUCGGCAAUUUUCCGCCGAACUAUCAACUGGCUCGAGCCUUCCAUCACUUCGACCGCGCAACAACCUUGGAGCAAACUUCAGACGACCGCACGAAACAGUUCUGAUGAGAUCUGCCCUCACCAAUGAAGCUGCUAGUGGUCGUACGCCAGAUCUAACCAAAGAGGGUGAACAAGAAGUAACUGCUGCCAAGGGAAAGAUCUUCAUCGAUUUGGAAGAGGAAAUUUCUACAGAGUCUCUAUGCGGUAUAACUUCUGAACAAAAUGCUUUAUGUCUUUUACAAAUGAAGACCAUGUGGUCAGGUCAGAAUCCGAAAUCAACUAAAGAAGGAAAAGAUACUGAAGAGUAUAUGGAAAUAGAUUCUGAAGAAGAUGUCGAAGACAGUGAUGAUGAGUACGUUGCUGAAGAACAAGAAGACAAUGAAGAUGGAGAUGUUAAGUUUCUCACUUCAGAUGUGGGAUACCUAACCGCAGACAGCGAUGAAUAUGCUGAUGAAAACGCAUACUACGGUACGAAAGAAAGAAGGGGCAAGAAGCAAAGUAAGUAUAUGUGCGACAUAUGUGGAAAAGUUUUACGUUCGCAUCAGGCGUUGGGAGGUCAUCGGACGAGCCACAGAAACAAACGACUGAAGAUCUCCGGCGAAGAUGGAUCGGUGGUGGUAGGAAAGCGUUACGAGUGUCAAAUUUGUAACAGAGUGUUCGAAUCUGGUCAAGCACUUGGUGGUCACAAAAAGGUUCAUUAUGCAUUCCUUUCACCAAUCAACUUCUCGACUUCCGCCAAGUGACCAUAGAAUCUAGCUAUGAGGCAUAGGGUUUUAGUGAUUUGUCCAUUUGGAUAAACAAAUAAUAAUAC